GCGGUGGUUGAGUCAGUUAGUGGAGUCGUGAGACCGGUUGACAGUGAUAAAAUCAAAACCUGAAAAAGGAUCAUCCCCAAGUAUCAAAUAAACCCAGACAACGCUUUCGCGCUUUGUUAUCCUAAGGCACUUCGAUUGGCGGUCAAAGAUGCGCAAACGCGUACACGCGUUUGCACGUUAACAAGUCGUCUCGCUACUUCUGUGUUUAUUUUCAUGAAUCGUCGUGCUCAUCAUUCUCGACAAGAAUUCAUUAUCUACCAGAACAAUAACAAAGGAUCACGUGAGACCAAGAGCAACCUCGUAUCAUCGACAUGGCUGAUCCCGGUGCGAGAAGAGCAGAAGAGAGCACCAUCAGCUCCAUGGAGGAAGAGUGUCUUAUCGAAAGAAGAAGAACAGCCACUCUUAAAGAGUGCUUCGAUAUUCUGCAUAGGGAUGGCGUCAUAAGGUAUAACCGAGACACUUUCAGAAGACUCUUUCAGGACGAGGUAUUCCUUGAGAAAUUCUUCAUACUCUUCGACCAGGACAGAGACAAUCACCUGGUGCAAGAUGAAUGGAUUGAAUUCCUCAAGGAAAGACUCACAAACGAGAAACAGGCAGAUUUCAUAGAUCAGAUAGAAAGCGUCGCCUAUGUCUUGUGUGGAGAAGAACCGGUUAAUUUAGUGACCUUUCAGCAGAUAUUCCGUGCGAAGGGGGUGGUUGACAAACUUUAUCGUUUGAUAGACCAAGAAAACACAGGAUCCGUGAGCACAGUGCAAGUGAUGGAAUUCAUAACUAGUAUCAGUAAUACCAGACCACGUGCUGGCUUUGAUAAAGGCAACCUGGAAAGGCUAGAGAAGAUCUUCAAGCAAACGGUCGGAAACGAGCGCGAAAUUCGUCGUGAAGAAUUCAAAAAAAUAGUCAUCUCAAAAAAUCCCUUCUUCACGGAGAGGGUCUUCCAAAUAUUCGACAAAGACAAUUCCGGGACCAUAUCACUUCAGGAGUUCUUGGACUCCAUGCACCAAUUUGCUGGAAAGACAUCCGAUGACAAGAUAAAGUUCCUCUUCAAGGUGUAUGACAUAGAUGGUAAGACUGAUGGAAGGAAGAAUAAAGUCUCUUCGGUAUUGAAAAUCUUGAAUAUUGAUCUGAUCAUGAUCUUCAUCUGGUCCACAGGAGACGGUCUGAUCCAGCAUCGUGAACUUCAGCAUGUAAUGCGGGCGUGUAUGGAAGAGAAUGGAAUGAACUUCAGUGAAGAGCAAAUUGAAGAUUUAACUAUAGCACUCUUCGAAGAUGCUGAUCAGGAUAACAGAGGCGCAAUUACCUUCGAGGCCCUGAAGAGACAGCUGGAAAAGCACGAUGGGCUCUUGGAGAACUUGUCCAUUAGUAUAGAUCGUUGGCUGGUACCGCCAAAGCCUGAACCUGCAAAGCAAUCGUGUCUUCGCGUUAUCAGACGCUUGAGACCUUAUCAGCUGACGAAACCCUACAUGAAGAAUCAUUACGUCUACAUCAGCUUUCUGUCAUUGUUUCUUCUGAUUAAUGUCGCACUAUUCGUGUCACGAGCUUUUCAGUAUCGACACUCUAAUGGCUAUGUGAUACUAGCACGUGCUUGUGGACAGUGCCUGAAUUUUGACUGCACAUUUAUCCUUGUGCUGAUGCUGCGCCAGUGUAUAACGUUCCUACGUACGCAUGGAUUUAGUUCUGUUCUUCCUUUGGAUCAACAUAUAUAUCUUCAUAAACUUACUGGUGUUCUUAUUGGCAUUUUUAGUACAGUUCAUACACUAAUGCAUCUUCUCAAUUUUAGUACAGUCGUGAUAUAUGAUCCACAAUUGAAUAAAGAAAAUUAUACUUUGACUGAAUGGCUGAUCACCAGUAAGCCUGGAUUGUUUGGAUUGGUACCUGGUGGUGCUAAUCCAACUGGUGUUGCAUUGAUUAUCAUUUUAGCCGUGAUGACCCUAUGCUCGAUGCCAUUUGUCAGACGUGGCGGAUGUUUUGAGAUCUUCUACUGGUCACAUCUUCUCUAUGUACCAUUCUGGCUUCUGACUAUUUUUCACGGACCUAAUUUCUGGAAAUGGUUCGUUGGUCCCGGAGUUAUCUACAUGGUGGAACGUAUCCGUCGAUUAAUCUGGCUACGGUCUCAGCGUGGUAAGACAUAUAUUAGUUCCGGUUUGCUGCUUCCUUCCAAGGUGACUCAUCUUGUAAUCAAGAGGCCGCAACACUUUGACUUCUGUCCUGGGGAUUAUGUCUUUGUGAAUAUCCCGGAGAUCGCACGCUAUGAGUGGCACCCGUUCACUAUUAGUAGCGCACCAGAACAGGAAGAUUAUAUGUGGCUCCAUAUACGUGCUGUGGGCGAAUGGACGAAUAGUCUCUAUUCAUAUUUUGAACGAGAGCAGAUGAGACUUCACAGAGGUGAAGUUGCUCCAGUAGAAGCUUGUACGUCAGACAGUGCCAGGACCAAGUAUACUCCAAGCCCGCUAUCUGCUAGGCCGGUAUUCGCAAUAGAAAAAGAUACAUCCUCCAAGUGUUUAGAGGUUCCACGUGGUUUUGACAAUCCUCGCUUCAUACCGGAUCUGGAUUUAUCACCAAGUCCGAGUUCAGUGCGUAGUUACGGGUCAGCACCGUCGAGUGAGCGUCCAGUGGAUGUUGCAAGGACACCGCGUGACAAAAAACUACAUCAGCUUCUUUUGGGUAGUAAAAUGCCACUGGAAAAAUCAUUCUCAAUGCCGGACAUGCAGACAAAGAACAAGAAGAGGGAACGACUAAUCGCACUCCGUGACUACAUGAGAUCCGAGUCCGAGAGGAGCUUCGACGAGUGUCAAAUACGUCGUGCCAGGCUCAAGUCAUUAGGAUUGGCUUACCUGAGCCCACAAAACAAAUCAUUGGCUCAGAGUUUCCGUUACAUGCGAAUGAAACCAACUAUAAUAGCUUUCAAGACUCCAAGUCUAGAGAAUUGCGAAUACGAAGUGACUCCAGAGGGUAAUUCUGCUGCUUCUGAAAAGAUGUCACCAGCUGGACGUUCAUCAUCCGGUCUUCGGAUAGCUGAAGAGGGUCGAAUAAUAAAAAGAUGCUCUGUGGAUGAUCCCAGGUGCAUGAAUGAGACGUUCAAGUCAGAGAUGUCGCAUUCGCCUAUGAAUUACCCAGUUGGCAAACCAUUGGAAAUUUUCUUGGAUGGUCCAUAUGGCACGCCCUCGAGUCAUAUAUUCCAAGCGCAGCAUGCAGUUCUAAUAGCAACAGGAAUUGGCGUGACACCGUUUGCUUCUAUUCUUCAAUCUAUAAUGCAUCGCUACUGGAAAGCUAGACACACCUGUCCAAAAUGUACAUUUUCAUGGGCCAGUGAGAUACCACCAACUGUGAUGUAUUUGCGUAAGGUCGACUUCUUCUGGAUCAAUCGCAACCAGCACUCCUUUGAGUGGUUCGUAAAUCUCCUCUCCCAAUUGGAAAUGGAGCAAGCAGAACUUGGUGUGACGAUGGAACGUUUCUUGGAAAUGCAUAUGUACAUCACAAGUGCAUUACAGAAAAAUGACAUGAAGGCUGUUGGACUUCAAUUAGCCAUGGACCUUCUGCACGAGAAGGAAAAGCGAGAUCUGAUAACUGGUCUUAAGACCAGGACGAACGCUGGUCGUCCUAACUGGGACAAGGUUUUCAAGCAAUUGCAGGAUCAAAAGAAGGGAAAGGUCACGGUGUUCUACUGCGGACCACCGCAACUCGCUAGGAUCUUGAGAUAUAAGUGUGAUCAGUUUGGAUUUAAUUUCCGAAAGGAAGCAUUCUAGGUCUAGGUCGUUGUACGCGCCCUCUUUUUAAUAUUCAUGUUUGCACGCAUUGUCGUUGCGACGCCGAGGCUAGAGCGAUGCGGGGAUUCUUUCAUUUCUCUUACUUUUAGACUUUUCUUAAUCGAACGUUCGAUAGAAUAAACAAUAGUAUACUAGAGGACAAGAGUACGGAGUCAUCUAUUAAAUGACUGUGUGAUGUAUUUUGUUGUGGUCAUUUACAAAUAUUCCUCCUUCAGGUAUAAGUCUAAGAAGUGUGAAUCUACGAUCUUCGUUCCACUUGCUAGCAAGUAUGUAAAUAAAUAGAAGUUUCUUGUUGUGUUACUCGUACUUCCUCACUUAGAGGUAUAUAUCUAUACCUAUAAUAUAUUUAUGUAAAUUAUUAUGUAUCCAUUUAAUCGUAUCGUUAUCACUUUAUCAAAUAAAUUAUUCUUAUGAAAAAUAUCUAUUAGCGCGUGCAAAGGACAUUGACGAACUGUUAAUAUUUAAAUAAGCAUCUGACUCAAUAUUGAUACCAUGGAAUUACCUUCGAAGAACAAAAUUUUUUAAAUAAAUUUUCUCAAAAAUGUC